AUGUCUUCUGAUAAACUUGGCCAAUCUCUUGACGAGAUUCUCGCAACUCAAAGAGCCUCAGGUGCAGGUCGAGGUGGUCGCGGCGGUCGUCGUGGUGGUCGUCCUUCAGGUGGUCGUAACGCCACCGCAGCUCCAGUUGGAGGCGUAUCAAAGAGCAAGAAGCCAGUUAAGGGUUCAGUAAAGCCUGCUCCAACCGGUCCUUCUGGCGGAAAUGCCCCAUCUCGUAUUGUGGUCAGCAACCUGCCAUAUGAUGUGACUGAACAGCAGAUUAAGCUCCUGAUUUCGAACUUGGCGCAGACGAAUGAUGGCGAAUACUUUCACGAAGCAAAAUUGCACACCAAAUCCGUUCAAUUAGUAUACGGUCCAAAUGGAGCUAGCCGCGGUGAGGCCAACAUCACCUUCCAUCGUCCAGGUGAUGCUGCUGCAGCUGUAUCAAAACUUAAUGGUGUCAAGGUUGACAAUAGAUCAUUGAGGGUUCAACUGCUUGUUGACGCCCAGGCUGCUGCUGCUUUCGAGGAGAAGGCCGCGAAGAGACUCAUGGACCGCAUUUCGAGCACACCAAAACCACAACCAAAGUCCGCAGUGCCCAACAAGGCAAAUGGCAAGGAUCAAGGAUCCAAGAGAGGUGGAAAGAGAGGUUCCCGUGGCUCUAUCGCUCGCCCCGCCAAGAAGACUGCCGAAGAGCUCGAUUUGGAGAUGGCAGAUUAUUGGGAGAGUGGAAAUGCCGCAGGUGGAGAGACUGGUGGUGACAACCAAGCUGCGAAUUCUACAGUUCAACCAGCCGCUAACGGAGAUGCAAACAUGGAUGACGAAAUCUUGGUAUGUACAACUAAAAUCGUUCUCGCCAGCCCUGUAAGAAUAUUUACGGGGGAAGAAGCAACUGUAUUGAAAAUACUUCCGCAUCCUGCUCCAACUACCUACUUUACGCUUAUGUUGAUUGUAUUACUGCUGCUUCCUCACGCUUUCUUUCUGUGA